GCGCACACAAACGGAGAGGGCUUCUCUCUUUCGCUCUCUCUCUCUUUGCGGGAGGAGGGCAGGAAUAAAACAACAACCAAUACACACACACCGCCCGGCCUCUUCUCUCUCAAUCCAUCCCCCCCCCCCCCGCCGCCCAAACAGAAGCAAAAUGCCCGCUUUCAUCCUUUGGGGUCGGUCCUGUUAAGCUCUGCAAAAGGGGAGGGAGAGAGAGAGGGCGAGAGAUCCCCACUGCAUGCACUGUGCGUGUGAGAUACAGCAGCCCUACCUUUUCUAUGGGAAGUUUGGGGGGCUUGACAGAAGCAGCAACAGCAGGUAUUAGUGGGAGGAGAGCUGAAGUAAUGAGAAGUCAUCAUGGAGGCCCAGUCCCAUAGCUCUGCCACAACCGAGAAGAAAAAAGUUGAGAAUUCCAUAGUGAAAUGCUCCACUCGAACAGAUGUCAGUGAGAAAGCUGUUGCCUCCAGCACAACUUCCAAUGAGGAUGAAAGUCCUGGACAGACCUAUCACAGAGAGAGAAGAAACGCAAUCACAAUGCAGCCACAAGGUGGGCAAGGCCUUAGUAAAAUCAGUGAAGAGCCUUCAACAUCUAGUGAAGAAAGGGCCUCAUUAAUAAAGAAGGAGAUCCAUGGAUCUAUAUCGCACCUUUCUGAGCCUUCUGUACCUUAUCGUGGGACGGUUUUUGCAAUGGACCCCAGGAAUGGUUACAUGGAUCCUCAUUAUCAUCCGCCUCACCUUUUUCCAGCAUUCCACCCUCCUGUGCCAAUUGAUGCAAGACAUCACGAGGGACGUUACCAUUAUGAACCAUCUCCCAUUCCUCCACUGCAUGUGCCUUCUGCCUUAUCUAGUAGCCCAACAUAUUCAGACCUUCCGUUCAUUAGAAUUUCCCCACACAGAAAUCCGGCUGCAACAUCAGAAUCUCCCUUCAGCCCUCCUCACCCUUACAUUAACCCUUACAUGGACUACAUCCGAUCACUGCACAGUAGCCCAUCUCUGUCCAUGAUCUCGGCAGCCCGUGGACUCAGCCCUACUGACGCUCCACACGCUGGAGUCAGUCCAGCUGAAUAUUACCAUCAGAUGGCUCUAUUGGCAGGUCAGCGCAGCCCAUAUGCAGACAUUAUUCCUUCAGCUGCUACUGCAGGAGCUGGUGCCCUUCAUAUGGAAUACCUUCACGCCAUGGAUAGUGCCAGGUUUCCAAGUCCAAGGCUGUCAACUAGACCAAGCCGAAAGCGUACGCUGUCCAUAUCGCCCUUGUCUGAUCAUAGCUUUGACCUUCAGACCAUGAUACGGACAUCUCCAAACUCCUUGGUCACAAUUCUCAAUAAUUCUCGUAGCAGUUCUUCAGCUAGUGGUUCCUAUGGCCAUUUAUCUGCAAGUGCAAUAAGUCCUGCUCUGAGUUUCACUUACCCUCCCACACCGGUAUCCCUCCAGCAAAUGCAUCAGCAAAUUAUAAGUCGUCAGCAAACCCUAGGUUCGGCCUUUGGACACAGCCCUCCACUCAUCCAUCCUGCCCCAACUUUUCCUACCCAGAGACCUAUCCCAGGCAUCCCUAGUGUCCUGAACCCUGUCCAGGUCAGCUCUGGUCCUUCCGAGUCCACGCAGCAGAAUAAACCCACAAGUGAAUCUGCAGUGAGCAGCACCGGGGAUCCAAUGCACAACAAGCGUUCCAAGAUAAAACCAGAUGAGGACCUCCCUAGUCCAGGUGCAGGAAACAUGCAGGAACAGCCAGAAGGAAUGACCCUUGUAAAGGAGGAAGGGGACAAAGAUGAAAGCAAGCAGGAGCCCGAAGUGGUCUAUGAGACGAACUGCCAUUGGGAAGGCUGUUCACGAGAGUUUGACACGCAGGAACAGCUAGUGCAUCAUAUAAACAAUGAUCAUAUACAUGGAGAGAAGAAGGAGUUUGUGUGCCGAUGGCUGGAUUGUUCCCGGGAGCAGAAGCCGUUCAAAGCCCAGUAUAUGUUGGUGGUACACAUGAGGAGACACACAGGGGAAAAACCACACAAAUGCACUUUUGAAGGUUGUACAAAGGCCUACUCCAGACUAGAAAACUUGAAAACCCACUUGAGAUCUCACACUGGAGAGAAACCAUAUGUGUGUGAGCAUGAGGGCUGCAACAAAGCAUUCUCUAAUGCCUCUGAUCGAGCCAAGCACCAAAACAGGACUCAUUCCAAUGAGAAACCAUAUGUUUGCAAGAUACCAGGCUGCACAAAGCGCUACACAGACCCCAGUUCUCUCCGGAAACACGUGAAGACUGUGCAUGGCCCCGAGGCACAUGUCACCAAGAAGCAGCGUGGAGAUAUUCAUCCAAGGCCUCCACCACCAAGAGAUCCAGGCAGCCAUUCUCAGUCCAGAUCACCAGGCCAGCAGACUCAGGGUGCAAUUGGCGAACAAAAGGACCUCAGCAACACUACCUCAAAGCGGGAAGAAUGCCUCCAAGUGAAAGCUGUCAAGUCAGAAAAACCAAUGACAUCUCAGCCAAGCCCUGGUAGUCAGUCUACAUGCAGCAGCGAACAGUCCCCCGUCAGCAACUAUUCCAACCAUGGGAUCGAGCUUAAUCUGACCAGUGGAGGUAGUGUAGGAGACCUCAGUGUCAUUGAUGAAACCCCAAUCAUGGACUCUACCAUUUCCACAGCAACCACUGCACUUGGCCUACAGGCCAGGAGGAACAUGACAGGGACCAAAUGGAUGGAGCAAGUCAAAUUAGAAAGGUUGAAACAAGUUAAUGGAGUGCUUCCAAGACUGAAUCCCAUUCCACCUUCAAAAGCCCCAACCUUGCCACCUCUCAUAGGAAAUGGUAUCCAGUCAAGCAGCAGCUGCAGUUUAGGAGGAUCCAUGACUAUUCUACCCAACAGAAAUGAAAUUUCAAGCAUGGACAUCACAGUGUUAAACAUGCUGAAUAGGAGGGACAGCAACACCAGCACAAUCAGUUCCGCGUACUUGAGUAGCCGUAGGUCCUCUGGAAUUUCACCUUGCUUUUCCAGUCGGAGAUCCAGUGAUGCUUCCCAAGCUGAGGGAAGGCCUCAGAACAUGAGUGUUGCCGACUCCUAUGACCCCAUCUCGACUGAUGCCUCCAGGCGAUCCAGUGAAGUGAGUCAGUGUGAUGGCCUGCCAAGCCUACUCAGCCUCACCCCAGCCCAACAAUACAGGCUGAAAGCUAAAUAUGCAGCAGCUACUGGUGGACCCCCACCAACUCCACUGCCUAACAUGGAGAGGAUGAGCCUCAAAACAAGGAUGGCGCUGUUGGGUGAUUGCAGGGAGUCUGGAGUCUCUCCUCUGCCUCCAGUAAAUGCUCCUCGUAGAUGUAGUGAUGGCGGGGCAAAUAGUUAUAACAGGAGGCAUUUUCUGCCUCAUGAUGUGCUGGGAAGUGGGACAAGGAGAGCCAGUGAUCCAGUAAGAAUGGUCUCCGACAACCUUUCUCUGCCUAGAGUCCAGCGAUUCAACAGUCUUAAUAGCUGUAACCCUCCUGUUUUGCCUCCAUCUAUGGAAAAGCGAAACUUUAUUCUUCAGAACUAUACCCGCUCUGAUGGUGGCCUGUUCCGUAACGCCUAUUCCCCAUGUCCUCCGAGUAUCAGUGAGAAUGUCACCAUGGAGGCUGCUACCAUGGAAGCGGAUGGUGGUCUGAAUGAUGAGGAUCUCCUGCCAGACGAUGUGGUUCAGUAUUUGAAUUCCCAGAACCAGGGCAUAUAUGACCACCUGCCAAACGAUGUCCUGGACAAUAACAAAGUGCAUCAUGGGUCAGCAGUAGGGAACAACAACUUUCACCAGGCCCCUUCACCAAACAGUCAACAGACCAGCUCUGAAGCAAACAAAAGCGACCUGCCAAUCCAGUGGAAUGAAGUAAGCUCAGGAAGUUCUGACUUGUCUCCUUCAAAAAUGAAAUGUGGUCCACGCUCAGCAGUCCAACAAACUCGAGCUUUUGGACUAUAUAACAAUAUGAUGGUCCAGCAGCAGAACCUGGAGAGAAAUGGUAUGGCCCAACAAAAUGGCUAUCAGCAUCUUGUGGAAAACAACAGUUCUUACAGUUUACAUCAGAACAUGAUUAUCAGCAACAACACCCCCAGUAACUCUUUCAACAUGCAGGCAAAUAAGGCACAGCCAUAUGGUGAAAGCAUCACCAGACAACCAAUGAUUUCUGGGGAAAUGGACAGUUCCUGUGGCUUAGUGAUUCAAGGGCAGAAGUUGAACAACAACAACAUGCUAACAAACAAGAGUCAGCAAAAUUUUGGCCAUCCCAUGGUGCCAGGUGAGCAAUCUGUCAGUAUGGCUAAUGGGAUGCAGAGUAGAAAUACGAUAGAACAGGAAUACCUGCAAAAUCAGCCAAUAGGGGAAGGCAUUCAUUAUCAGGGAGUCAAUCAAACCAAUCAAAUGAUGUUAGGGCAGGUUAGUCCUACCUCACAAAUGAGCCUUUGUCAAGGGCCACAGAGUUGUCCACCAAUGUCUCACAACAUUGGAAACCAGCAAUCAGGUUUGGUGGUGACAAAGAGUUACCAGCCAUGUGCCAACUAUGGAGGCAACAGACGGCAAAACAUGCUGAGAAACAACCUGGCACAACAUCAAGGAUUUAUAAGUGAUGCAAACCAGACAUACAGGGUAAAUGGCAUUAAGAUGGAGAUGCAAGGUCAACCACAACAGUUCUGCUCUAAUAUGCAGAAUUACUCUGGUCAGUUAUAUGACCAAUCCAUGGGCUUUACUCAGCAAGCUAUGAAAACAGGUUCUUUCUCUAUUUCGGAAGCUAACUGCCUGCUGCAGGGGACUGGUAUUCCAAAUUCGUCUGAGCUUCUUUCCCCAGGGGCUAACCAGGUGACAAGCACAGUUGACAGCAUUGACAGCAACAGCCUAGAAGGUGUGCAGAUUGAUUUUGAUGCUAUCAUAGAUGAUGGGGACCAUGCCAGCUUAAUUUCAGGAGCCCUGAGUCCGAGUAUCAUUCAGAAUCUCUCACACAAUUCUUCAUGCCUCACCACUCCCCGAGCGUCUCUUACAUUCCCGGCUAUGCCUAUGAGCACAACAAACAUGGCUAUUGGGGACAUGAGUUCUUUGUUGACCUCACUUGCAGAAGAAAGCAAGUUUCUUGCUGUUAUGCAAUAGACAUGGGGAAAAAAACUUAGGAGAUAACCGAUAAAAGGUGACUCAUUUUUUAGUUGUGUAUGUAUUUUAGCAAUCUCAUCUCACCUAAAUGGGAUGUGUUUCAAGUAUAUUCCUUUUAUGGAAUAAGGACUCCGAAAACCCUAAAGUGUUCUAGGGAGAAACUGUCUUCCAUUUCCGUUUUGAAUCAGUAUUGUUAGGCCCACUCCUCUCUCUUUUUUUUUAAAUGUGUGUAUACUUUUUAUUAUUGUAAACCAAUGUAAACGUGUGAUGUGCAUGUUUUGUUUUUUAAAGGAACAUCUAAUGAAAUGACUUUGCAAUUUUCUUUUACUCAAAGGAAACACAGUCUUGUAUGAGUGUUGCCAAUGUUUUUAUUUAUGUAGGCACAAAACAACCAGGCAUGAUAUACAGAGGACAUACAGUGAGUAAAGAGAGCUUCUGUGAACACAUUGCUGUGAGGUGGACAGCCAAUCUACGAACAAAUCUACUCAUACUGCUCCUUGAUCAUGUACCCAUAAUUGUGUGGCAAAAGAUAUCUGGGGCUUGUGCAAAAAGAAAUGCAAAAGUGUCAAACUUUUUUGUCCCAAACGAGUCUGCGUGUAUGUACACACGCCCAGAUACACAGACCUUGCACUUCAACUGUUGAGCCGAAACUGUACUGUUUCUAUGACAACCCCCUCUUAGAGGGUUUAAAAAUCCCUUUGUGAACAGAAUUCACAUAUUUAGUAGAAUUUGGUCUAUGUUUUUUUUCAGAGGUUAUUCGACAAGAGGAGAAUGAAAAAAAAUGGGUCUGGUGCUUUGGGUAUUUUUUAUACUCUUCAUCAAAUACAGCAUUAAUUUUUGUAAUAAAAUGGUAUACAUGGUUAGCACCUCAUUCUGCACUAUUGAAACUAGUGGAAGUUUUGCCAUUUGCUUUAGUGAGUCCAGAAACAGGCUCUAAGGUCCAGAUACUCAAAGGUAUUCGGGUGCCUAACUCCCAUUGAUUUUUAAUGAGAGUUAGGUGCCUAAAUGCCUUUGAGGCUCUGGGCCUAAGUCCAUAAGGUAGCCCAAUGUCAUUUUAAUUCAGUUGGAGGUUUUCAAGUCAGCUACUCUCUGUCUGCAGAACAACUGCUUUUUCAUAGAGUUAUUUAGUGUAAAUCUUCACUAUUCAUUUGCAGCAGAGUACGUAUUUGUAUUAAAGAUGUAAACUCCUAUUGACAUACUACACAGUAAGAACUUGAAAAGAAUAGUGAAUCUAUGAAAAAAGGAUCUUUACAGUUGCAUUGACCCAAUGGGCCUUAUUGGUUCUCGGCGAUCACACUGUGCUUAAUACAUUCCCAAGACACUUUUUUUUUUCUUUUAACAUUUUAAAAUCUAAACUUCUAAUUUAAAAAAUAAGCCAAGAGAGUGUCAAUAGAGAAAUUAUAUCCUUGUAAGGAGUCUGAGCUAAAGCUAAAAAUGCAAGAGAAGUCCUUGGCACCAGCUUCCCUCUCAUUUUGAUUCCAUUCACUGGCUCAAGUUCUGCUUUGUCACCCUAGCACGAAUCCAAACUAACGCUGCUGAUUUCAGUGGAGUUAUGCCAGGUUUACACUGAGGUAACUGAGUACAGAAUUUGGCCCAUUGUGUUGCUGGGUAUCACAGCACAUUUUGUAAUUAAGGCCUAUUCCUGCUCCCCCCCUAGCACAGGCAAAGCUCUCAUAGAUGCAGGAGUGAGUCCUGAACUCUUGAGGCUAAAAUUAACCCCUGUACAGAAGACCCACACAAGGUUUAUCCCCUGUAUAAGUCUCGCUGAAGCCCUCUUUUGAACGCUUACAGGGAUCUUAAAUGAGGCCUAACGUUUAUGCCUCUCCCACUGUGCAUGAGUGAAUUUCACCCACAAGUAGUAGCUUUGUUGAGGAAGCAUUUAGUUAAAUUUUAGUGAGAACAGGAGCCCACUUUAAAGUCUAGCAUAAUGUUAGGGUGUGAGUUCCACAUACUUAAAGCCUGUUUUAUUGUUACUCAGCUUCGUUCAAAGUAAAAGAAAACCCAACUGACUUAGAUCUCUUGUGAAUAUGUGAGAACAGAAGCUCUGUCAGUCCAGUAUAAUGGGCCGCUCCACUAAGGUCCAUAAAAGUCCAAGGCGGAAUUUCCGAAUCAGUAUGCAACAUAACAGGGAGCCAGUGUUGGAAUAGUGUAUAUGCUCAUUAUAGUGUGUGGUACUGUGGUCUAAGUAACUUACAUUUGAGAUGUUUUGCAAGGGAAAGCCAGAGAACAAGAAAUUUAAAUACUCCAGAAAGAAUAAGAAUGCAGUAGCUCUACAGCCUUCCUGGCUCAGAUCCUACCUUCCUUGUCUUUCCGCACAGCUGUAACAAGCAUUACAGAGCCGCACUGAGCAUAAGCAGACUGAGAAAUUUCUUAGGGCCAUGAGCAGUUCAUGGGGAGAGACCCUAUAUUCAUUUUUUAUCAUAAGAAUGUGCCUGUUUUACUGUUGUGGGGAGGGACCCCAAAAUAUUCCUGCUUGGGGGCUAAAACUGGCUCUGCCUUCCAUGGUCCUGUUCAUAGGCUCUUCCUUCCUCUGCCAUCUCCCUCUCCCUCUGUUCCAUGCUGGUUUCCUUAUUUUCUGCAAUCCCUAUGCAAACCAUUGCCCCUGUUGCUUCCCUGUCAUUGGUGGGAAUCAGUAACAAGGGACUCAGGUUGCACUGGAAUUGCAGGCACUGUGGCUAGGGAAGAGAGUCAGCAGGUCAAAUCGCAUAGUGUGAGUGAAGACUUGCGUCUCCAUGGCUGGAGACAAUCCCUCAUUCUCAGAAGAGUGGCCCUGGAGAGCCCUUAGAAAACAGUGUGUUUGCUAGUAUUAAGCAGCUAUAAACUGGACAGUUCUGUAAGGGGUAUCGACAAUCUUCUGUGACACUCAGCCACAACAGAAUUACACUGCGUACCAUUAAAUCACAAUAUUUACUGCUCUGGGUGUCAUCUUUUACUUAGGGGCUUAGAAGGUAUCAUGGUACCUUAAUUAGAGCCUACCUAUCUCCUCGUGUGACACUCCCCACCCCCAGAGCAAGACCAAUCAGCUGAGAAACUAAAACAGUCCACUGGAUUAAAAAGAGGGUGUUGAUCACAAAGCA